AUGAAACUUUUACUUCUUUUUCUUCUUUCCUUUUGCUUCUUAAAAGUUAAUUUAGCAGCAAAUAUCCUCUGUUUAUUCUCAAAACCUGCUCACAGUCAUCAAUUGGUAUACCGCUCAAUUACGGAAAAGCUUCUUGAAGCUGUUCAUAAAAUAACUUUAAUGACAACCCAUCCAAGUGAAAGUGAAAAGCGACAUGUGAAUUUAACGCUUAUUGAUGUUUACGUAAUGUGUCAAAGUGAGAGUGAAAUUAAACGUAUCACUUACUGUCUUAAUGAUUAUGAUAUGAACAGCAAACUGGAUAAUUAUUGCGACGUUCCCGAGCGGCACAACUGCUCCGCAUGCAAAGCUAUAGGUUUCCUUUAG